AUGGCUCCAUUUCCCCUUGUCAAAUUGGCUAUCGUCUUUUUCAAACAAGUUAGCAAACCGCUUGCUAAUCAGAUUAAAGCACGAGCAAAAAAUAGUGAAUUUUUCAAAAAAUAUGUCUGUAUGCCUCCAGCACAAUUUUAUCAUUGGUAUGAUGUUAAUCUUCGAAUGAGAAUGUUAGGAAUUGAAACAAAAAAAGUAGCUAAAAUGAAUGAAGAAGCAGCUGUUGCACUUGGUGCUGAUAUAUUGGGUGAAGCGGUUAUUUUAAGUAUUGCUAUUGCUGGUUUGGCUCUUGAAUAUGCAAGACGAUCAAAAAAUGAUUUAGACAAAGAAGCACGUCAUCAAGAACGAUUAGCUAAAAUGGAAAGACAAUUAUCUGAACUUGAAAUAACUUUCACUAAUCAGUCAGCUCAUCUUAGAGAACUUGAACGUUUAAUACAAAAUCAUGUAUCACCACCAUCGAAAUCAACAAAAUCAUCUACAUCUACAUCACUUCCUGAAUCAGUAUCAUCAUUAUUAACUACAAAUAAAAAACAAGUAGCACAAGCAUUCUCAAUUGUUGAGCAAUCAUCAAAUCAAUUACCACUUAUGCAAUUACAUACGAUUGAUUAUGUAUUUUUUCCAAUAGCCUACGCAAUUCAACAAACGAAUGAUUUUAUUGUAUCAUUAUUAAAACAAUGGCCUUCAUUGAGGAGAACAAAAUAG